AUGGCGCCCGCUACUACGAAGAAGGCCGUCCACUUCGGUGCUGGCAACAUUGGCCGUGGCUUCGUCGCAUGCUUUCUCCACAACUCUGGUUACGAGGUUGUCUUCGCGGAUGUUGCCGAUUCUCUGAUCGACUCGAUCAACGCCACCCCCUCAUACAAGGUCAUCGAGGUUGGCACUGAGGGCACCGACGAGAACACCAUCACAAACUACCGUGCCAUCAACUCCAAAACACACGAGGCUGAUCUCAUUGAAGAGAUUGCCACCGCCGACGUCGUCACUUGCUCUGUCGGACCCAACAUUCUGCGUUUCAUUGCCCCCGUUAUCGCCAAGGGUAUUGACAAGCGCUCCAACGACCUCGCCCCCAUCGCGGUCAUUGCUUGCGAGAACGCCAUUGGCGCCACUGACACCCUCGCCGGUCACAUCAAGGACCCCAAGAACACGCCUGAGCACCGUCUUGAGGACCACCACGAGCGUGCCCGCUACGCCAACUCGGCUAUUGACCGCAUUGUGCCCGCGCAAGACCCCAACGCCGGUCUGGACGUGAAGCUGGAGAAGUUCUUUGAGUGGGUCGUUGAGAGCGGCCCCUUCGCUGAGACUGGCCACCCCACCAUUGACGGUAUCAACUGGGUCGACAACCUUGGCCCCUACAUCGAGCGCAAGCUCUACACGGUCAACACUGGCCACGCCACAGCCGCCUACCACGGAUACAACCGCAGUAAGCGCACCGUCUACGAUGCUCUGCAAGACAAGGCAAUUCUGGCGGAGGUUCGCCAAGCUCUAAAGGAGACCACCGAGCUCAUGGUCACCAAGCACGGCAUCAACCUUGAGGAGCAGCAGGCGUACGCUGAGAAGAUCAUCAAGCGCAUCGGCAACCCCCAUCUGGAAGAUGCCGUCGAGCGCGUCGGCCGUGCCCCCAUGCGCAAGCUGAGCCGCAAGGAGCGCUUUGUCGGCCCCGCUGCCGAGCUCGCUGAGAACGACCUUGGCUGCAAGGCUCUUCUGCGCGCUGCCGAGAUGGCGUUCCGCUUCCAGGACGUCGAGGAGGACGAGGAAAGCAAGGAACUCGCCAAGGUCAUGGCUGAGAACGGUCCCGAGGAUGUCGUUCAGAAGGUCUGUGGUAUCCAGGCUUCUGAAAAGAUCCAUCCCAUGCUUGUUGAGGUCGUCCGCAGGGUCCAGGCCGACUCUGAGGAAUGA